AUGAAGAAGCUCCAUGAUAAAUAUGGCCCGAUCGUACGCCUAGGCCCCAAUCUACUAGAUAUCGACAUUCCCGAGUUGAUCAAGAUUCUGUAUGGCACGGAUGGAAAAUGGUCUAAGUCCGACUUGUACAAGAACAGCAGCUCCAUCAUCAACGGAAAGAUCACAUAUCACAUGUUCUCAGAGACGAACAAUGUCGAGCACGCGCGGAUGAAGAGGCCUGUGGUGCGGCAUUACUCCGUACCCAGCGUCCUCGCCAUGGAACCGCAUAUGGACAGGUGCAUCGACGAGUUCUGCGACCACCUGCAAAAGCGCUUCGUAAACACCGGCGAAGCUUGCGUUUUUGGCGACUGGCUGGCUUUCUUCGCAUGGGAUUUUCUUGGUGCCGUCACGUUCAGCAAGAAGUUCGGAUACAUGGACGAGGGCCGCGACUUCGAUGGCACGCUUGCGGUGGGAGACCAGUCUAUUGACUAUCUCGGCCUCUGCGGGCAGAUGCCUUGGAUGGACUACUGGCUGGACAAGAACCCCGUUUACCCACUCGGGCCUCCUAAUUUAUCGAACGUCACAAGAAUCGCUGUGGAGCAUUUAGCUGCCCGGCUCAAGGGUGAGGACAAGAAUUUUAUUCCCGAAAAGCCCGACUUCCUGCAGUAUUUUGUCGACUCGAAGGGCACCCAUCCCGAUAUCGUGGAUGAGGGAACAAUCAUCGGAUACCUCCUCCUGAACCUCAUCGCUGGAGCCGACACUACAGCAAUCACAAUGCGUGCCCUCUUCUACUACUGCCUCAAGAACCCUCGCAUCUGGAAACGCCUUGAGGAAGAAGUCGUCACCAACAUCCCCGCCGACAAACCCGCCCCUCACGCCGCCGCCCGCGCUCUGCCCUACCUCGAAGCCGUCUGCCGCGAGACGCUGCGCUUCCACCCCGCCGUCUCCAUGACCAUGGAACGCAUUGUCCCGCAAACCGGCCUCGCCCUCCCAGACGGCUCCGUCGUGCCCGGCGGCUCGCUCAUAGGCAUGAACCCCUACAUCGUCGGUCGUAACAAGGAUGUCUACGGAGCUGAUGCGGACGAGUACCGCCCCGAACGGUGGCUACAGCAGGACGGGGAAGACGACGAGGCGUACAAGCUCCGGAUGAGACAGUGGAAUGCCACGGACAUUGUGUUUGGCGGCGGGUCGCGCAUCUGCUUGGGCAGGAAUCUGAGUCUGAUGGAGAUUUACAAGGUUGUCCCGUCGCUGAUUGCGAGGUUCGAGAUUGAGUUGGUGGACCCGAAUGAGAAGUGGUGGACGAGCUCGCGGUGGUUUUACAGGACUCAGGGGGUGGUUUGCAAGUUGAAGAAGAGGGCGCCGAGCACUGCCUGA